UCGAGAAAGAAACUCAUACGCACCGACAUAUAUCUGUCGCACCUUUCGUAGCUGAUAGGCUGCUGUCUCGAACAGCUCUCUGGAAACCGACCGUCAAACAGCAAAACAAUAGACAGCACCACGCUUUCCACAAAGCAGAUACCCUCAAAUAUGAACGUCAGCGCUCCGCCGUUCAUUCCUGCAUCCCUGGGUAAUUCCGUAGCGCCAGCAACAAACGGCCAGCAGUCGUCAGCCGCCCAACGCGGGCCAAGCGCAAAACGUCAAAAUCGAAGAGGCCCGCCGAAGAACGGAAGGGGGGGGCCAAAGCAGGAAGGUGGGGAGCCAGCAGCCAGUCGUGAGAACGGGAGCGGCAGUUCGACCCUGAAGAACGCAGCAUCUGCAGCUACAUCACCGGCAUCAGCAACUGCACAUGUCCCAGCUUCAAAUGGCGAAAGGCGCGCGAAUGGCAGCGCUAAUAGCAGGCCGAAUGGCAGCGCUAUUGGCAGCGCUAACACCAGACGACCACCGCAAAACAAACGACCGAAGAUCCCUCUGACUCCUGCAGACGCGAGUGGGCCACAGAGCGAUGCAGCUUUGACGACGGAAAAUGGCGCGAAGAACGAUGGGGAGGGCACGGUGAAGCCGCCGCGCCGGAGGAGGCCGCGAAACAAAGUCGUCAAAGGGCCGAAUGGAGCUAUAACGAAGGAGGCCGCAGAAGAUCUGACCGGCUCGUUGACGGAAGAGCUGACGAGCGGGGAGUACGAAUGCAUGAUUUGCUACGAUACCAUCAAAUCGAGGGUCCCCGUGUGGAGCUGCCUUGUUUGCUACGCUGUGUUUCAUCUGAAAUGCGUGGGCAAAUGGGGCCGCAAGUCCGCCGCUCAGGAAGGCGCUGCACAUCCGGGUCCACCGGCCGGCUGGCGAUGCCCUGGAUGUCAGACAGUCUCCAAGACGAUCCCCGAAGAAUAUCGAUGCUUUUGCGGGAAAUGCAUCGACCCGCCUCACAACCGAUUCCUCACGCCACACACCUGUGGACAGACUUGCGGACGCGAUCGGAGCUGUGUGCAUCCCUGUGGAAUGCAGUGUCAUCCAGGGCCGUGCCGACCUUGCGAGUCGCUCGCCCCACCGGUGGCCUGCAACUGCGGCAAGACUAGUUUCCGGGUACGGUGUAGCGAGAUUGCGAGCGAUACGUUCUCAAAGUCAUGUGGACAAGUCUGCGGAAGGAUGCUGGAUUGCGGAACGCAUUCUUGCGCCCUACUGUGCCACGAAGGGCCGUGUGGACCGUGCCCAAUCGUUGAGACGACGAUCUGCUUAUGCCAAAAGACGGUGAAGGAUGUGCCGUGUGGAGAGGGCGGAAGCACGUUCAGAUGCGACAAAAUCUGCGGCACACCUUUCCCAUGCGGGCAUCACAGCUGCGACAGGCCAUGUCACGAUGCGAAGGAACAUCGAUUAGUCUGUCCAUACGACCCCUCGAUUGUGAAGCGCUGUCCAUGUGGAGCAGAGAUUGUCGAGAAGCUUUUGGGACCGGAAGGACGCACCUCGUGCGAUCAAGAGAUACCCACUUGCGGAAACGUCUGCAAUAAAGCGUUGGACUGCGGCCACAAAUGCUCGGCACUGUGUCAUACUGGCCCUUGCUUGCCAUGCGCCGAGGAACUGACCGUGCCAUGUCGAUGCGGCAAGGCCGUGAUGGAUACCACUUGUCAGGAUUUGAUGAGAGAUGCAUACGGGCAGAUCCUUCCGCCCCUCUGUGACCGGCCUUGCUCGGCGCUUCGCCACUGCAAGCGGCAUCGAUGCAAGGACAAAUGCUGCAAUGUCGAGUUUCAUCUUUGCGAACAGCUCUGCGCCAAGACUCUGCGGUGUGGGCAGCAUGAAUGUCAACUGCCGUGCGGGCACGAGGGGAGAUGCCACGACUGCGUUGUCGGUGUUUCUUUCGACGAGCUGACAUGUCAUUGCGGAGAGACUGUCAUGUAUCCGCCCAUCCCAUGCGGCACCCGACCACCAAUCUGCACACACCCCUGCCGUCGAGAACUCCCCUGCGGACACCACACAAGCAACCACAACUGCCACCCAGACAACGAGCCCUGCCCACCCUGCGUGAUUUUCGUCGAACGGCCAUGCGCAUGCGGCAAAAGGACCAUGAAGAACAUCCCUUGCUAUCGACAGGGCCUGCCGUCCUGCGGCGAGACCUGUGGACUCAUCCUGCCGGUGUGCGGGCACUCCUGCAAGCGCUGCUGUCACACCGGCAAUUGCGUCGAUUCCGAGCACGCCUGCACAUCUAAAUGCGGCAGAGUGCGUUCAGUCUGCGGACAUACGUGCAAUUUUCCCUGCCACGGCGAAAAGUUCUGCGCCGAGGACAAGCCCUGCAAAGCCAUGCUUGCGCAGCAGUGCCGGUGCGGGAACAAGACAGCCGAGAUUGUGUGUCUGGCAUGGAAGGAAAGCAUGGGCAACUCGCAGUCUAUCGUUCUGAGUUGCGAUGAGUCGUGUGAGCGCUUGGAGCGGAACAGGAAGCUGGCUGCGGCGUUGAACAUCACACCGGCUCCGGCUACACCCGCCUCGGUCAACAUCCCGGAUUACGGAGACGUUCUUGUCAAGUACGCGAGCCUGAAUGCCGCUGCCGUCAAACAGAUUGAAGAGCAGCUCGACGCAUUUGUUAAGGAUGCGUCGAAACGCGUCCUGCACUUUCCGAGUGGGAAAUCGAUCAACAACAACUGUGUCAUCGAAUUAGCGAAACACUACGAUCUCGUCGGCUCGAUCGUCGAUGCCGACCGGAAAGGUUUAGCGAGUGCGGUCGUUCGCAAGACGGCGUCGAAGGUGCCGGUGAUCCCGCAAGUCCUCCUCAGCACCGUCGCUUUGGCCAAACCUGCUGCAUCUUCUGUCAAGAGCGCCACUGCUGGAACGGCCAAAUCAGCAACCGCCGCAUCCACCAGUGCCUCUACGAAUGGCAUCCUCCGCCGCGAACCCCUCAACGCCCUCUACCUCUCCUCCCUCGGCUACGGCAUGGACGCGCGCGACCUCCAUCUCCUCCUUGAGCCCAUCUUCGUCUAUGGCACCGACGUAACUAUCACCGUCAAGCUCGUCAGCGACACCGACGCCGUGAUGGUCGCCGAAAGCAAAAACAAGCUCACCCCCGAAGAUGUCGAAGCGCUGCUCGCGGGCCUGGAGGGUGAAGUCCGCAACAAGUUUUUGGGGAAUAGUUGGGCGAAGGAGGUUGUUUUGUGUAGAGUUACGGCGGGUGGGGAGGUCGUUUGGGGCCAAAAACCGAAGCUUACGCUGGGGGUGGGUGCGGCGAAGGCGGCGUAUUCGGCGACGGUGAGGAAGGAUGUACCUACGGCGAACACGUUUGGGUCGCUGGCGCAUGCGAGGGCGGUUGGCGCUGGUUUGGGGAGUGCUGUGAGCGGUUCGCCGGCUGGAGAGACGGUCGCGAAACCUCCGCGGGUGCCUACUCCCCCUGUCCCUGCUGAACCACGGCCGCCAACUCCGGAAGAGUGGGAUCAGGAGCAGGAGCAAGAGUAAUGGGCUAGAUGGUGUGUUAGAUUAGCGUAGAUGACCUGGACUUUACAGAUGUACCCACUCUUAUCUUUUUGAGUGUGACUGAAGCGGAUGUUCACAUGAAUAUAUGAGCCCUCUCACAAAUAACAGAAAAACAUUCGGAA